AUGUCCAACAAAUGUGAUUUGUCUAAGGAAGAGAAAGUGUGGGUCAUAUGCCGUCUGCUGUAUCAGGCACCUCCAGGCGAAUUCUACAGUGUUUUUGAAGAUCUCCGUAUUCUGGUCCAGGAUGAUGACCUAAUGAGGCAAGAGGCUGCCCAGGUCUGUGCCCAUCACAAUAAGAACAAUUUCACCUUAGUCAGAAUAGAAGGAACCAGUGUGCUGGUGACUCGCUACAAUGACCUAGGAGGAAAUCGCUUUUUUGACCCGAAAAAUAAAUUUUCUUUCAAAUUUGAUCACUUGAGUGGAAUAUCAAACAAAUUUCAGCUCCAUAGGGUAGCAUGGGAUGAGACAGAGUUAUGGAGAACAGCCCUAAAUAGUGCUUUAAAGGCAUACGUGGAUAGUCACUUUCCUUCAGGGGACUGCUGUGUGUUUAGAAAAACCUUGAAAAACAGGCAGGUAUUUGUGGUCUGUAUUGCAGGUCAUCAGUACAAACCGUUGGGUUUCUGGAAUGGCCUUUGGAAAGGUGAAUGGACUUUUUUCCAGAUUCCAGUUAUUACUCAGGUUACAGGGGCCAUUCAUAUGCAAGUACACUACUUUAAAGAUGCUAACCUCCACAUGACAGUCUGCAAGACUGUUGAAGAGACCUUGCAUGUAAUUGACCCAGCCCAGUUGGCCAUAGAUUUUGUGAAACUCAUAGAAACUGAAGACAACAAAUUUCACAUUGCCGUGCUGGAAAACUUCCAAGCUUUGACAGAUGAAAUCUGGAGAAAAAUUCUACGAAGGCAGCUCCCAGUCACUCGCACUAUCAUUAACUGGAAUAAACUGCUGACCAAUCAGAGCAUAAAAGCCAAUAUUUCCAGUCGUGAGGUGCCACUGAGUUUACUGAACUGUGGGCAGCUUACUAUCAUCAGAGGGUAUGGUCCCACCAACACCAAGGCUAACAAGAUAAUUUACCAGCAACUGCAGUCAAUCUUCAAUAAAAUUCUGAGAAGAGAUGUCAUUGUGAUUGUGGGCAACUUUAAAGUGCAGGCAGGAAAGUAUAAUGACAUCCGGGAAAGUACAUUUGGUAUCAGGCAGAUGAACAGGAAUGGGCAGCGACUGCUGGAAUUUGCAGCUGCCAAUGACAUGGUGAUCGCUGACCUUCUCUUUUGUCACUCAAAGAUUCAUAAGCAGACUUGGUAUAGCCCAGAUGGUUUCACCAGCACUGUUAUUGAUCAUGUCCUUAUUAACAGUCAUUGGCAGUCAUGGAUGUUUCCCCUUCCAUUUAAAGCGGGGCAGGAAGUUCUGGUAGAGCCACCUUCCUUCAAGCAAGAAGAGAUCCAGAUCACAGUCCAUAAACAGAAAUCUGAGGAGGCUCCAGGAGUUUGUAACAUUACUCUUGAGUUCCUGAAGACAGAUCCAUAA